AUAUAUUUGUGGCGUGUAGGAAUACGAAUUUGGGAUUGUGAAUUGGAAAUUACGUCAAUUUGGGCAAAUUUUUUAUAUAUAAUUGUUUGAAAUUUUGUCCAAAUUCACACAAUAUCAGUUCAUAGACCCAGAAUAGUGUUUCCAGAUGCAACUUCCAUAGAACUUGAUUCAUUUAAAUGGAAUUGAAUGAAGAAAAACAGUGUGAGAGAUUUUUUUUUUUCCGUUAUUAUUGUUAUUAUUUCAUAUAUUUGGUUGCUUGAAAUUUGAACUCUGUAUGUAAACGCCAUCUUGCUAAAUUACCUGCAUAGUUGCACCUUCCUUUUUGCAAUUUUUCUUAACACUGCUCUUGGGAGCAUGGAGUCCAAAGCCUGAACUCCAUGCUCCCAAACACUGCAUCACGGACUUCUUUUUCACAGUUGUAAGUUGUAACAAAUUUCACUGGUCCGAAAGUAACUCGACAUGGCAAUGUAGCAUUUGUGUUCAUGACCUUAGACUGGCCAGGGUUUAAGUGUCCAUGGUCAAAUUCGUUCAUGGGGUUUGCCUCUUUCUAUGCAUAUUUGGAUUUGAAUUAUAGGAAAAAUUGUGGACUGAGUUUAAUAGCCCAAAUCUGAGGAUUUGAAAUUAUGAUGAGGAAUUGUGAUGUUGGGUUUAUACCACAGUCCACAUCACAGUGGGAUUUAGGCAUUCAUAUUCCAAAAUUAAAUCCUGGUAUUCAAAAUGUACUCUGAAUAGAAAAUGGUAUAAAGUUUUUAAUUGUAUGAGCUGCUCCCUAGUGUUCCACAAAUAAACUGAAUUAUUAAUCUUAUAAACCUUUUGAACCUCGUAUAUUACAAUUUUUUUGUUAUCGAACAACUGUAUAAUCUGUGGUUUAAAUUAUUUUCACUUAUCUCUAUUUUGUCCUUUUUAAUGUUAUCCACUAUCCUUUAUUAUUUUGUCUUUCUUUCUUGUGUUGUUUUUUCCCACUUCAAACAUCAGUUCCUUAAUGAUAUAGAAGACUAGUGUAUGUGGUAAAGAUUUGUUACAUUGACAUAUGGCCAAAGGUGCUUAAAUGGUUGCCCUCAAUGUUGAAACAAGAUUGACUCGGAAAAUGAUUUAGAUUUUGAGUGUUUGUCCAUACUGUAACUUGUUGAAACUUAAUUUAUUAUUGAAAAUGAAUUUGCUUUGGAAAAAGUGCAAGAAGAAAUAUUUUUAUUAUUCUUAUUUUAUGUAAAUAUGAGCAAGCAAAAAGAUUUUAAACAAAACUGAAUUGAACUGAAAGGAUAGCCUUGAAUUGGACCAAAUAGAGAAAAAGAUCCAUCCACAAAUAAUUGGGAUAAAGGCUUUGUUGUUGUUGUGAUCGUUUACAAAUGAAUUGGUGAAGCAUUCGCCGCUUAUCAUAAACAAUUUAUCUCUAUGAAGUAAAGGCAAAGUGUUUAUUGUAUAAUUCUAAACAAGAUAUUUAUAUCAUAUUAAUUAAAUACUUAACAAAGAUCUUCUUUAAGUGAUUGUUUAAACAAAGUUGAAUAUAAUGGAUACUAUUGUUAAUCAGUUAGGAUGUUUACCAAUAUUUCUUAAAAAGAGAACAACAAACAACAACUACUACUACAAGAAGCCUAAGCCCCACCAGGUGGAGCAGGCUACAUGAAUCCUCUUGAAUUGAUUUAUGUUGCUCUUUUUCUUCUAUUUUUUAGUGUACAUAUCUAAUACUAGGACUUUGAAUUGUAGUCAAACUUUCACUUAGGAUUACUAUACAAUUUUUGCAUGAUAGACGAUCCCCUUUCCUAGUUAAGAAGAAAUUUAUUUGGCUUUUAUUUAAACCAUUUUUGAAAGUUAAAAUAUGUUCUUCUCUUUUUAUGAAAUAGGUAUUUUAAUAUAACCAAAUCUUAUGACAUAGCUAAAUUUAAAAUUGUAUCACCAGUCUCAUUUCUUAAGCAACAUUCUUAUAAAUGUUUCUAAAACAUGCUUGUUAGUUUCGCUGAACCUAUUUGUUAAUAGUCUUGCAAGUUAAGAAUGCUUUUUCAAUAUCAUAAAAUGAAUUGGGAAAGUUAAUGGGGUGUCAGGCGACCAAAAAUGACCUUUAAACAAACUGAAAUUACCAAUUUAUGGAUAAAGACAUCCUGCCACUUCAAUUUAGUAUACUGAAGUUAUAUUCUUUUUAUUUAUUUUCUGUGGCAAGUGUAAAAUUUUUAUUGAGAAUAAAGGAAAAUAGUGCAAUUAGUCUUAUCUUCUUCCUUCUUAGAACUUAUGGGGACAAUCAUCAAUAGAAUCAACAUAAGACAAUGGUCUAUAUUUGUAUAAUUGCUAGCAAAAAAAUUUUCUACCCUAUUAGUUUUUCUUUAAACAUCAAUUGUGGUACAGCAGCAAAGCUAAUUGUAAUUACAUUAAACAUCUCACAAAAGAUCUAAUCCUCCUAAGAUUUUCAUUUUGCUUCCCUCACUACCAAUUAGCUGCACCAAAGUUCUUGUUCAUUCUCAUUUUUGGUGGAAAUAACCUUUCAUGCAUCAAGAUGAAGAAAGAGCCACAUCGUCAUAAGGUUGCAUUUCCUUGUAGUUUCUUUCAGCUCGAAUGUUGUACACUCUUGCUGCAAACACCACGCUCUUGAUCACAGUAACCUUGGAGCAAGCAUUCAAGGCACUGGCCAGUCCUAAUAACACUUAUCGAGAUAAUGUUCUAUGCAGCUAUGAGGCUUUAUUCUCUAUGAAAUAAUAGGCAACAAUAUUUUUUGGCCUGGAGUUAAAUUAUUUUGAGCUUCUUUUCAUUUUUGCAUCUUUUGAGUUGAAAUAAAUCAGUUUUCCGUAAUGGUACAAUUUCUUCUCUUUAUUGAAUAUGCUAAACCAUCAUAACCUUUCCUUUGAGAUGUCAUCAAUUUCAUAAUCCUUUUGUUUUCUAUCUCAUCCAUGUAACUAUGUAAGCAUACUUGCUAACAUCAUGCGGCAUGCAUGUUACGUAAUGACAGUAGUGACUACAUUAUAGUCAUUGAUCUCUUUUCCUCAUGUAAUUGCUCUGAUGUAUGGGUGGUGUCCUCUUUGAUUUUCAUCUGAUUGUUAAUAAUCAAUUUAACGUGGUAGUAAUGGUCAACAUAGCCUAGUUAGUUUAGAGGGGGAGGGUUUGGUGGUUGAGAUAGAGAGAAAAGAACUUAAAGAUUUUACUAUCAAAAGGUUUGAUAUCGUUUAUUUUCCGUUGCUGCACUAGCAACCAAAUGGAACAUUUUAAUACUUAAAUGCUUUUAACAUUUGAAAAAUUCCAUGUUUACGUGCCCAUUUUUUAUGAAGAUGAACUGAUGAACUCUAAGAAAUUGUUUUAUUUUGUUACAAAUCUUGACAUUGUCAUCUUAUCACUGAACUUUAGGCUAGGAGUUUUAUCUUUCAGCCUCAUUCAUCUUCAUCUCAGAGGAGGAUCCAGGCUUCCCUUAAUAUAGUGUCAUCAUUAAAUAAUGGAUAUGCAGUUUCCAAUAGAUGAUGGAAUUGAAAGGACAGAGACCUCUGCUGGAGGAGAAGUAAUUUCAUGUGAACGUGAAACAAAUCAAGAACCAUUUGAAGGCAUGCUGUUUGAAUCAGAGGAAGCUGCCAAAGCAUUUUAUGAUGGAUAUGCUAGACGGAUAGGGUUUUUAACCCGUAUUUUAUCAUCUCGUAAGUCUGAGCGUGAUGGGUCAAUUAUCUCUCGUGGACUUGGUUGUAAAGGAGGUUCAGAUAAUAAAAAAGCAGAGCGCAUUCAAACUCAGAGGCGGAAUAAGAGACGAGAAGGCUGCACUGCAAUGCUUCUAGUGAAGAGAGAGAAGCCUGGGAGAUGGAUAGUUCGGAAGUUUGUGAAGGACCAUAAUCAUCCCUUGGUGGUUGCAGCACAAAAGAGUCAUCAAACUUUUGAUGAGAGGGAUAAGAAGAUCCAAGAAUUAACUGCAGAAUUGAGGGUUAAGAAACGUUUAAGUGCGGCAUAUCGAGAACAGCUGCAUACAUUUAUGAAAGAAGUUGAAGACCAUAAUGAACAUAUAUCAUCAAAAGCUCAAGUUGUUCUUGAUAAUCUAAAAGAACUUGAAGCUAAAAGGCAAGAGCUUUUAGACCGUAGAUAGUGGGGGGUUCACAGAAAAAGGGAAUGUGUGAGACACUGCCAGGAUGGCUAUUUUAGAGGGAAAAGGAUUCAUGGUGAUUCCAUGAGACCUUCAGUGCUCGUGGGCACCAGUCUCUGAAGCUUCAAAGAUUUCAGUAUUGUGUAGAAAUCUGUGUUUAGAUCGACAGCAGGAUAAUUCGGCAAGGUUUAGUAACAUACAUACAUGUCUGGGCAAUGAGGAUUACACUAAUAAUAGGUUGAACCCCAUUAAUGACUUCCAGUGCAGGGUUGCUUUUAUGCAGGGGUUUUAUGAAUUGAUGCAAUUGUUCUUCAAUUUGGCCAUCAAGAUGUUGUAACUAUGGAAUCAAUAUUAGUAUAUGACGAUGGAUUUUUAUUUUAGUGCUCUGUGGUGGAAUUAAUAAGAAGUUCCUGCAAGAAGUACCCUUUCUUUCUA